UCAGUGUUUUGGAGGCUGGUGAGCUCUAUGCUUCUUCCAGCAGUCCUGAAACUUAAAGCUCUUGUUUGCAGCUGAUCUAUAGCAAACAUUUACAUAUAGGAAAACAAUGUGGUGGAGUCAGUGUCAUCUCUUUCUUUUGAUCCUGUCUAUAUGCCCCCUGGUUUUAAUGGCACGCCAGGCCACGGCAACGGCAUGCAAGGAGCCUGAGGCAUUGCCUACCCAGAGACGAAGCAGCAGAGAUGUUAAUUCUCCAGGUCCUGUUGACUGUCAGCUGAGCCAGUGGUCAGGAUGGACUGAUUGCUUUCCUUGCCAAGAGAAAAAACACCGGUACCGGAGGCUGGUGCAGCCAGCGAGGUUUGCAGGGAGGAGAUGUGCUGGGCACCUCUGGGAUGAGAAAAGUUGUCGUGCUGAGACCACGUGCACUGAAGCCCUCAGCUGUGGGAAGGACUUUCAGUGCAAGGAAACAGGUCGCUGUAUUAAACGUCAUCUUCUGUGCAACGGAGAUAAAGACUGCAGAGAUGGGUCUGAUGAGGAGAACUGUGAGGUUGAAGAUAUUGAAAGCCCUUGUAAAGAGCUGCUCCCAAUCCCAGGGUCUAUAAAAGCAGUCCAAGGAUACAAUAUCCUAACACAGGGAGAGAGCCAGCCUGUGUAUGAUCCUGAGUUUUUUGGAGGCCAGUGUGAGUAUGUCUACAAUGGAGAGUGGCGGGAGCUGCAAUAUGAUGCUGCCUGCGAACGUCUGUACUAUGGAGACGACGAGAAGUAUUUCCGCAAACCUUACAACUUUCACAUGUACCAAUUCCUAGCUCACGCUGAUUCUGGAUUUGCUUUUGAGUUUUACGAUGAUUCGAAGGAUCUGCUUAAAGCCCUUAAAACUCAUAGCUCUGGAGGAACGGGCUUUACCAUUGGAAUUGGGCCUGCAAAUCCACAGAUACUGGUAAACCUGGGCUUUGCUUUAUCAGGUGGCAGAGGAUCCCUGAACAAUUUCACGGAAUACACUGCAAAGGACCUUUCAUUCAUUAGAGCUGUGACAAAGGUGCAGACAGCCCGUUUCAAGAUGAGAAGGGACAACAUUGUUUUGCAUGAAGAUCUACUGCUCUCCCUGAAGGAGCUUCCAGACACCUACAACUAUGGCAUGUAUGCCAAAUUCAUCAAUGACUAUGGCACCCAUUUCAUGACAUCUGGCACUAUGGGAGGCGUCUUUGAGUACAUCCUUGUCAUUAAUAAGGAGGAAAUGCGAAGAAAAGCUGUCAGAGGUGAGGAGAUCGAGGCCUGUAUUCGCCUGUCACUUGGCCUUACAGUCAGUGUGGAUCACCUGGGUCUGGACCCAUCUGUGUCACACUCUAAAUGCCGAACGGAAGGAUUUAUGAAAACUGAUCCUAAGAGCCACAAUGCAGUUGUGGAAGAUAUUAUUCAACGGAUUAAAGGAGGAGAUACCAGUUACACUGGAGGGCUCUUAAACAGUUGGGAAGGCAAUAUAUAUCGUCACUGGGGAAGGUCAUUAAAAUAUAAUCCUGCUGUUAUUGAUUUUGAGCUGCAGCCCAUCCACGAAAUUCUCCGCAGAAGUAACCUUGGUGACAUGGAAACCAAGCGGCAAAACCUGAAACGGGCUCUGGAUGAAUAUUUGUCAGAGUUCAACCCCUGCCGCUGUGGGCCAUGCCAGAACAACGGAGAGCCCCUUUUGGUGGGGGACACCUGCUCCUGCCAGUGUCGCCAGGAAUCCAGCGGCCCUGCCUGCGAGAACACUAAGCACCGAGAUAGUGCGACGGAUGGGCAGUGGAGCUGCUGGUCAGGCUGGUCCCCGUGCCAGGCGGGCACGUCACAGCGCAGACGGCAGUGCACCAACCCAGCCCCACAGAAUGGUGGGCAGCCCUGCCCUGGGAAGCCCCUGCAGAGCAGGGCCUGCUGAAGGCCCACAGGUACCCAGGGCAGAGUGGUUUGGAGUCUGUGCUGGGCUAUAAAUACUCAAGGCAUGCAAUGGAAUUACCCUGAGGAGAAAUAAUUGGCUGGUAUUGCCAUGUAUGGAGAUGUGCUGGAUUCACUGUACAAAACCUCACCAACUGCUUUGGUGGACUGAACAUGUUUUGCCUCACCAGUUGUGAUGGGAACCCCACCCAGUGCACAGCAGCACAGCUGUAGUACAGGAGAUGGUGGGAAAUUCCCACAGGUGGCUUUGCUGCUAGAUGAUUGUGGGGCUAAAAUAUGUCGUGAAAUAAAUUUACCACAAGUGUUUACAUAAGUAA